AUGCAAAUGCUCGCAGCAGCGCUGGCGCUGGCGUCCAGCCAUGCAUUUGUCGCACCGCGAAGCAGCACUGUGCGCGCACCGUCGUCCCGGCUCAGUAGCAGCGUCUGGUACGACGCGCAACCGCAGCGGCGCGCGCUCAUCGCGGGCAAUUGGAAGCUGAACCCGUCGACGGCGCAAGAUGCCGACGCGCUGCUGGCGUUGCUCGCGUCGAACGUACGCACGAUGGCAGCACCGCCGGAAAUUGUCAUAUUCCCGCCGAUGCCAUUCUUGCAAACGGCGCUCGAGGCCGUCGACGGCACGGGCAUUGCCGUGGGCGCGCAGGACAUCUCGCUGGAGGAGUCGGGAGCGUUCACGGGCGAAGUCGCAGCUUCGAUGGUACGAAGCUUAGGCUGUGACUGGGCGCUCGUCGGCCACUCAGAGAGAAGGACUCUGUACGACGAGGGCGACGACGUGUGCAACCAAAAAGUUCUGCGAUGCCUCGCGCAAGACGGCCUCAAGGUCAUUCUGUGCGCAGCAAGCCGCGCGGCAAUCAAAUUUCAAGCGUCGCGUCGAUGCCUGGAGAUUGACGAUAGAGUCACACACAGGUCGGCGAGACGCUCGAAGAAUACGAGUCUGAUUUACUGGAGACGAUCGUGAGCUUGCAAGUUAGAAAGGGUCUAGCUGGCGUCGACGUCGCCGAUGCCGACAGAAUUGCCAUUGCCUACGAGCCGGUCUGGGCCAUCGGAACGGGCAAGGUGGCGACACCAGAACAAGCGCAGGCCGCUCACGUCGCCGUGCGACGAGCGCUGUCCGAGGUGCUCGGUGCCGAAGCGGCUCGUCGCGUCCGCGUACAGUACGGAGGAUCAGUCACGCCCGAGUCCAUUGAUCGAUUGAUGGCGCAACCGGACGUCGACGGCGCAUUAGUCGGCGGUGCCUCUUUGGUCGCGGAGAAAUUCUCUAGAAUAUGUGAAUUCAGUGCGCCAACGACUCCUGAAACGACGCCGCCGCGGGAGAUCACGGCCCGCGUCGCCGUCGCGUGCGCAAACGCGUUGGGCGAGUCGCCGAUCUGGUCGCAGCGCGACAACACGUUGUACUGGGUGUCCGCGGUGGAGGGCGAACUCUGGCGCUGGAACUGCGAGGACGCGCCCUACAAGAUCAUACCGCGCUUCGGGACCACGCUCGGCUUCGUCGCCGCAAGGGCUGGCGGCGGCCUUCUUCUCGGAGGCGAGGACGCGAUCCUGUCUCUGGACGAGACCGCUCGCGAAGCGGUGGUGUUGGCGGCGCCUCCUGCCGAGGGAAACACGCGACCGAACGAUGGCCGCGUCGAUCGCGACGGGCGUAUGGUGAUGGGUAUGUACAACAACUACCAUCGGGCGGGCGCGUCACAGGGUGAGGACAACUCGGGCCUGUACCGUUUCGGCGCGGACUUUGAAUACGAGGAGCUGCUGGACUACAAGUUCAGGGUCUCAAAUUGCUGCUGCUUUCCCGCUGAUGGUCGAACGGUGUACUUCGCCGACACGCCGACGCGAAAAAUCUACGCGUUCGACUACCCGAAGAGCGGCAAGCCGGAGAAUAGACGCUUGAUCUGGACGCAACCGCCGCACUGGCCGGGCGGCCCGGACGGCGCGCAGUGCGACGCAGAGGGUAUGAUUUGGGUCGCGCUGAACGGCGCGGGACGCGUCGUGCGUAUUGAUCCGGCGACGGGCGCGAUCGAUCUCGUCGUGCACACGCCGGGCUGCCCGACGCCGACGAGCUGUACGUUCGGCGGGCCCGACCUCGACGAGCUCUUC